UUGUAAAAAAAAAAUCCUAUAAACAUUUCUAACAAUUCACAACACCCUUUUACUUAAUAUAAAAAGGAUUCUAUAUACUGGCUACAUUUGUAUCACAUACACACAGCUGUAACACUUCUCUUUGAUCCCAUACUUGCUAAAGCCAUUAGACACAAUAUGAUGAACUAUUCUCAGACAACUUCUCCUAAGUUCAAAUAUGGAAGCUUCAAGCAUAGUGGUGGAUUCAAUAAUACCCACUUUGGAUCAUUCACCCACAAAGCCAGCCAUGAGGACAAUUGCCUUUCUUUAGGAGGAACCUUCAAAAACCUCUAUGGACAGUCUAAGAUAUCUCAUCACGCUAGAGUAAACAGUCCAACACGCGGAGGAUCUUACAAUUCCUAUCAUGGUGAAACCUUUGACGACCACCACAGGGCUUCUAGUACUCAAGGAAAUCUAUGGUUUAAAGAAAUCGCCCAUUCACGUGGACAUUCCUAUAAUAUGAAAAGUGGUGGAGCCCACUCCGGAGAUUAUGGAAGUUCAAAAAGCAAUAGCCUAUUCAGAAUCAAUGAAAGGGAAACCAUGCAGCAUCUGAAUGAGCGACUUGCGUCUUAUCUAGAGAAGGUUCACACCUUGGAGCAGGAAAAUAAGGAAUUGGAGAAGAAAAUAUCUACGUGGUAUGAGAACAAUGUCCCCAGUGCUUUGCCUGACUCUAGCCAGCUUCUCAAAACAAUUGACGAGAUCCAGAAAAAGAUGUUUUCAGCCACUAUUGAGAAGUCCAGCAUUGAUCUCCAAAUUGACAAUACUAAAUGGGCAAUUGAUGACUUUAGCAACAAAUAUGAUAUUGAACUCAGACUAAGGAACAAUGUAGAAGCUGAUGUACAAGGACUUCAAAGAGUCUUGGAUGGACUAAAUAAAGAAAACCCGGAACUAGGAAUGAAGGUUCAAGAACUCCAAGAAGAAGUCAAAGAAAUGAAGAAGAACCACGAAGAGGAGGUGAACUCUCUACGUGGUCAACUGGGCGCCAGAGUCAGUGUGGAAUUAGAUGCUGCUCCAUCUAUAGAUCUAAAUAGCGUUUUGUCUGAUAUUCGAGAAGAGUACGAAAACCUAAUGGACAGGAACCUUAGAGAUGUUGAAGCCAUGUUUGUUGCAAGGACUGAAGAACUAAGUAGCCAAGUCCAGUCAGGAUCAGAAAGCAUUCAAUCGGUGCAGAUUGAGAUAAUUGACUUGAAGCGCAAUAUACAGAACCUGGAAAUUGAUCUGCAGAGUCAGUUGAACAUGAAUUCAGCUCUUCAAGACACACUGACAGAAACAGAAGCCAACUACAGUUCAGAACUUGACCAACUCCAGACGAUGAUUAACAAUGUGGAGUCAGAGAUCGCCCACAUCAGAUGUGAACUGGAGCGACAAAUUAUAGAGUAUAAAAUUCUUAUGGAUCAAAAAAAUCUUCUUGAGCAGGAAAUUGCCACAUAUAAACAAUUGCUUGAGCAACAGGACUGUCAUGUUAAAGAAGCAGAGCCAACUAUAUCAAGUAUAAAUAUGUUCACUGCAACAGAAGGCUCCAAUGCAACAGAGAGUUCCCCAACAGAAAAUCAUGCUUGUGAGACAAGCAGCUAAAGAAGAACACUUGGGAUUGGUUAUAUGGUCACAAAGAAGAAGAAGAA